AUGGCGCAACAAUUUCUUGCUGACCGCAAUGGCUGGCUGUCGUUCCGGAGCAGCACGCCCGUGCUGUACAUCACAGCCGAAGACGCCGAGUUCGACAUCGAGACUAUGAAGGCAUGGCGCGACGAGGGCUUCAUCGUCGAAUACAUCCCCAUGGGCAAAGGUGGCAAGCAAUACGUGCAGACGCUUCACAAGCUGGGGGACAAGAUGGGCAUUGGGGAACGCUACGCAAUCGUGGCCUUCGGUGACGCUGCAGCCGUGUGUCUAGACGUCUACUCAGAACCCAAGACUGCCACCUCGAAGCUCUGCUCCCUCAUCGCCUACUACCCGUCCUCCAUUCCCGAUACACGCCACCGCUUCACGUCGUCCUUUCGCGUGCUCGUGCAUCUAGCCGAGGGAACAUCUGGAAACGACAUCACCGUUGGCGUGACGCGUCGCCCCGAAGUUCUUGGCAUACAAGGCAAGCGACGAACGGUGCAGAAGCGCGUCACGCACGGCAUUGGCGCGGGAGGGUUACAGGACAAGAUACUGUAUCCGUGCUUCACAUACGAGGGCGUUGAUGCAGGCUUUGCAGAGCACGAUCUAGAUGAAUACGACGCCGUGGCCGACGCUAUCGCAUGGAGCAGGAGUCUGAGCACUGUUCGGAAGGGCUUCAGCGCCGAGGUGGAUCUGGAGCGGGUAUGGGAGGAAAACGAAGAGCAAAAAUACCGCGGAAAGUCGCUCGAUAAGAUUCUCGAAACCUACACCAAAACCCCGACACCGUACAUAAACUUUACUCCGACCAUGACCGGUGCAAGCGGCCAUCCAGACCUUAAGCGCUUCUAUCGCGACUACUUUCUCAAGACAGCUCCACCAUCAAUGCACAUGCGGCUCAUCUCGCGCACAAUAGGCGUCGACCGAAUAGUAGACGAACUUUACAUCCAGUUCAAACAUACCUGCCAGAUGCCCUGGAUCCUUCCCGGUGUUGAACCAACGAACCAGAAAGUAGAGAUAGUCGUUGUGAGCAUCGUGGGAUUCAGAGCGGGAAAGAUAUGGUGCGAGAGAUUUUACUGGGAUCAGGCUUCUGUGCUUUUCCAGGUUGGCCUGCUGGAUCCUGAAGAGGUGCCCAAGGAAUUCAAGAAGAAAGAUGAUGAUGAUGAAGAUGGUGGACUCGAGAUGUUGCCAGUUAGUGGAAGUGAGGCAGCGAGGAAGGUUAUGGAUGUGGAGAGUGAGGAGUUUAAUGACAUGAUUGAUGACUGGUGA